CAAUUUGUUUCUCUUUUUCCCAUUUCUUAACUUCACCUUCCCCAUCCCACGCGACUCUUCUCCAAACCCCGACUUGGCCUAUCUUUGGGACAGUUUCACUCCUCAUAAAAACUCUCUGUCUUCCAUUGAUCUCAUCUUUUUCUUCCCUCACUGGGACGUCCAUCCCGCCCAGUGUCUAAACCCCGCCACAUCUCCCGCGCCGUCCUAUCCCCCCCUCCUCCGUUAACCUUCCCCCCUCCUUCAGCCCCCCUUACCUCCGAUUCUCGAGAUUCUGAAGGCCCUGAAUUCUAUCAACCGCCCAAGAUGGAUCGGAACCUGGCGCGCGCGGUGACCGAAAAGAAGCCGGUCCCCGAGAUCGAUUUCACAUUGCAUACCAUGGAGGAUGGCACGCAGGUCUCCACGAUGGAGCGGGUGGUCAAAGAGGUCCAAGCGCCGGCCCUGAGCACUCCCCCGGAUGACAUGUUUUGGUCCACCGAAGACCCGUCCAAGCCCAAUCUCCAGUACCUGAAGCAGCAUUUCUAUCGCGAAGGCCGUUUGACCGAGGAUCAGGCACUAUGGAUUAUCCACGCCGGUACCGAGGUUCUACGGGCGGAGCCCAAUCUUUUGGAGAUGGAUGCCCCGAUUACUGUUUGUGGUGAUGUGCACGGCCAAUACUACGAUCUGAUGAAGCUGUUUGAGGUUGGCGGCGACCCCUCGGAGACGCGCUAUCUAUUCUUGGGUGAUUACGUUGAUCGCGGUUACUUCAGCAUUGAGUGUGUUCUGUAUCUUUGGGCUUUGAAGAUCUGGUAUCCCGACUCGCUUUGGCUGCUGCGGGGUAACCAUGAAUGUCGCCACUUGACGGACUACUUCACGUUCAAGCUGGAGUGUAAACACAAGUAUAGCGAGCGGAUCUACGAGGCGUGCAUCGAAUCCUUCUGUUCUCUGCCGCUGGCGGCGGUCAUGAACAAGCAAUUCCUCUGUAUCCACGGUGGUCUCAGCCCGGAGCUGCACACUCUCGAGGACAUUAAGGCCAUCGAUCGUUUCCGCGAACCCCCAACCCACGGUUUGAUGUGUGAUAUUCUCUGGGCCGAUCCUCUGGAAGAAUUCGGCCAGGAAAAGACCGGCGAUUUCUUCAUUCACAACAGUGUUCGUGGCUGCUCUUAUUUCUUCUCCUAUCCCGCCGCAUGCGCCUUCCUCGAGAAAAACAAUCUGCUUUCGAUCAUUCGAGCCCAUGAGGCUCAGGAUGCCGGUUACCGUAUGUACAGAAAGACACGGACAACCGGCUUCCCGAGUGUUAUGACUAUUUUCAGUGCUCCCAACUACCUCGAUGUGUACAACAACAAGGCGGCUGUCCUGAAAUACGAGAACAAUGUUAUGAACAUCCGGCAAUUCAACUGCACCCCGCACCCCUACUGGCUGCCGAACUUUAUGGAUGUCUUCACCUGGUCUCUGCCCUUCGUCGGUGAGAAGAUUACCGAUAUGCUGAUCGCCAUUCUCAACACUUGCUCCAAGGAAGAGCUGGAGGAGGAGGACACCCCUGUGACCCUUUCCCCGAGUGGCCCUGCCUCUCCUCCCAUGCCCAUUGACACCGAGUCCACCGAGUUCAAGCGCCGGGCCAUCAAGAACAAGAUUCUUGCUAUUGGCCGUCUGUCGCGUGUCUUCCAGGUUCUUCGUGAGCAGUCCGAGAGUGUCAGUGAAUUGAAAACGGCAGCCGGUGGCCGUCUUCCGGCCGGUACCCUCAUGCUGGGUGCCGAGGGUAUCAAGCAGGCCAUUCACAACUUUGAGGAUGCCCGCAAGGUCGAUUUGCAGAACGAGCGUCUGCCUCCUAGCCACGAGGAGGUUUACCAGAAGAGCGAGGCGGAGCACAAGGCAGCCAUGCAGCGCGCUCAGCAGGAGGCUGACAAUGAUGCCGGGCUAGCGACCAUUGCCAGGCGGAUUUCCAUGUCCGCCGGCGCCGGUCGUAGUCGCCGCCAGCGCGAUUCACGCGAUUCCAACAAGGAGGCCUAGGAAACUGGCCGUGGGUUUAGUUUGAACUGAUAUAACGACACGAUCUAUGCAUUUCCCUUCCCUCUUACCCCUCUCCAGCGCAUGCCCUUUCUCCCUUCCUUCUGCCACGACAUGAUCGAGACGAUACCCUGAUCUAUCUGCUUGAUCCUACCACUUCGCCAGGCUAUUCCGACAUGUGUAUGUGUGCCAUAAUACACGGUGCCUUCAGCAUAGCUCCCGAACAAUCUGUGCGAUUAACCUGUCUUGGAUUUUUUCAAUGGACCGAGUAGAUUUCCUUUCUGUAGCCAGGCUCAAUGCAGGUCUCGGAUCCAAGGCGCGAAAAAACAAUAUCAUGUAAUGAUGGCCUAAUUUUACCACA